AUGCCCACCGUACCGAUCCUAUGCUUCAACGACGUCUAUAGAGUAUCUCAGAAAUACAAUCCUCAACCCGGUGCACCACCCACGAGCUCAUCCGAUUCACAACAUAUCAACGUAUCUCAAUUCGCCCAGCUGCUCUUUUCCGAGAGAGACAAAUGGGCAGAUCGAUCAGAGACAAAAGGAAAGGAUACACAGCCAGUGAAAGAUGGAUUGGUAUUAUUCGCUGGAGAUGUAUUCAACCCUUCGGUGGAAAGUAGUAUAUCGAGGGGAAGUCAUAUGGUCCCGCUGCUUAAUGCGCUGGAAUUGGAUAUAGCUUGUGUGGGCAAUCAUGAUUUUGAUUUUGGGUAUCCCCAUUUGACCAAGUUGAUCGAGUCAACCACCUUCCCCUGGCUCUUAUCGAAUAUCAUAGAUGAGAAGACCGGUCAAGUACCUGAAACAUUAAAUAAAUACUGGAUAACUGAACGAUGCGGAGUGAAAAUAGGUGUUAUUGGCUUGGUCGAGCAGGAUUGGAUCGAUACUAUUCCUUCAUGGCCUAAGACGUUCAGAUAUCGACCAAUGGGAGAGACUGCGUUGGAGCUAUCGAGAGAACUUCGUGAUCCCAAUGGACCGCAUCAGGUAGACCUCAUCAUCGCCCUUACCCACUGUAGGGUGCCCAACGAUAUCAAAUUAUGUAAUGAGCUCGGAGCUGUGGCUGCCAAGCCAGGCGUUGAAAAUGAGCAUGGUGUGGAUCUAUUGAUAGGUGGACAUGACCAUAUUUACUAUAUCGGUAAAGGUCAGACUUCAUGGGAAGGAUAUUCAGGUCGACAUGACGCACCAGGAACGACGGAGGAUCAAGGUGUAAGGUUGAUCAAAUCAGGAACCGACUUCAGAGAUCUCACGUCCGCCUCACUCGAAUUAACACCUACGAAAUCUGGAUCGAUCCGUAAACAUCUCAUCACUUCCCUCAAAGGGAAACAUCUAUACGUAUUACCUUCUUCACCAUCAUCGGAAUCCUUCGAUACGAUGGUCAAAUCAUUGUUGGCCUCUGUAUCGGAAGCAAUCCAGAAACCUGUUUGUUUCACCUUAUCGCCAUUUGAUGCUAGAUCAGAAAUCGUUAGGACGCAGGAAAAUGGUCUGGGUAAUUGGAUUGCGGAUGUGCUUUUGCAUGCUUAUGCGGAAAGCAUGUUAGAUAAGAGCAAGAACGAUAAAGAGUGCGCGGAUGCUGUUAUCAUUUGUGGUGGAACAUUAAGAGGGGAUUCGCAAUAUGGUCCAGGAAAGAUAACAUUAGGUGAUAUAUUGGAAAUACUGCCCUUCGAAGAUCCAGUGGUCUGCAUCGAAAUUGACGGAGCGGGCAUAUGGGAUACGCUCGAAUCGGCUUUAUCGAAAUGGCCAUCGCAAGAAGGAAGGUUCCCCAUCGUCUCUGGUUUAGCAGUAAAAUGGGAUCAUACUAGACCGCCCAAUCAACGUAUCAUAUCCAUACACAAGACGAAAAAACCUAAAAGAGUAGAGGACAAUGAUGACGAUGAAAUUGAAAAUCCACAAGAUUUUGUCGAUUUCAAAGAACAGGACGAUGGUACGAGAGUGGUUGUCAAGCAGAAGAAAUUGGAGUUAGGCGAGGAGAUCAAGAGGGAUAGUUCGAAGGUUUACAGAGUGAUUACUCGAGAAUACAUGGCUUUAGGCUAUGAUGGGUUUACGGACUUGAAAAACAGGAAGUAUAUUGUGGAUGAUGAGAAUGGACAGAUUAUGAGUAGUAUACUCCGAUCGUUCCUGUUGGGCUCAUCAUACAUAUUCAGACACAAACAAUUAGAAUCAGCCGCCGCAGCCCACCUAUCAUCUCGAACGGACAAAGUGUUAUCAAGGGCUAGAGCUCAACAUCAACAUUCACCUUCAUCGUCCUUAUCAUCUUCACCACAAUCUAACAAAGGCUUCUUAUCACCCAAUUCCAACUUAGCCAACUCUCAUCAUAGUGUGCUCAGUCCGGUAUCUGAGAGAUCGGCAAGUUCAGCUUGGGGUGUACUUCGUCGACAUGUCGUACAGCACGAUUGGGGGACUAUAAGGGAUGCAUUACACGUGGCUAAGCAUGAACAUAUGAGUAGUGUGGAUGAAGUUGCCGGUCAGGCAAUGCGACAGCAACGCCAACAUGCCCCUCACAUGCCAGGCGAAUGGAAACCCCGGGCCCCGACACCUUUACCAGGAUCACAACCUGUGAAACCAGCUGAAAAUGCCGAUGAUGAUUUAUUGGUCAAUCAGGAGAAGAAAGAAUUAGAGAAUCUGAGCGAUGAUCUGGCGAUUGUCUGUCCGCUGAUCGAUGGAAGGAUGAGGGAUGUGAGUGAGGGAAAGUCCUAG